CUAGUGAACAAUCAGAAGGCCAACGAAUCGAUUCCUGGACGUUGUUUUAUAACCCACACUUACCAAGAAAGGAUUCACGCGCGUAUCUGAAUUACCAAAAAAAACGGAAGGUCGUUUCCCGCCAGUAUCUCCUAAACCUCCUUCUCUUUUUCUGCUGAAGAAAUGGAAAGAAAAGAAGACUCGUCUGUGGCCAUUUGUGACGGGAAAGAGAAAGGAAAGGCGAAACCGAGAUCCCGUAGCCAAGAGAAGGAUAUUACAGGACUUCUCAAAGGCCACCCCCUUUAGACGGGAGGCAAGAAUCAGUAACUGCACUCAGAGAAAAUGGUGGCAUUAAGAGAUGCACAGAACAAACAUGACAAUUUGUUUCUGAAACCUCUGGCAGAUUCAUCCUUACAAAAACAUGGAGAAAUUGCAAGGCUUUCUGCACCCAGAAAAGGGAAUCUUACGUGCUCAGAUCCUGAAUGCCAACAAUCAGCAUGCUGCAGCUGUUCAAAAGGGACCUUUGUGUAUGCCUAUGGGAAACCAAAGGCACGACCAUUCGACUUAAAUGUUUCUAACGAUGAAAGCUUAAGUUUAGAUGCUCCUAGUGAAGAGAAAAAUUCAGGCAGCCCGUAUACUCGGCCACAUAAAGGGACGAGUAAUCAAAUUGCAAUAUUUGGCUCAGCUUCUUCGGCUUCCACUCAGACUUGCUCGCCGCAUGGUCAUUUAGUUUCCCAUAAGCUGAACACCGGGUCAACCUUAAGAGAAAUGAGCAAUACUACCGUGUGUCCCACGGCAGUUGAUUCUCAGGAGAUGUUUGUCCAGCACUGGAAGCAGCGAUUUAUUCGCCUGCAGGCAUUCUUGAAGCAAUGUGAUGAAUGCGAGGAAUAUAUUCACAUGUUACGAUCCCUAUCAGCAGUUGGUCGAAGUAGACAUGCUUCUCAUCUGGAGGAAAGGGCAGUCCAUCUUUUGUUAGAGGAAGGCAGAGAAUUACAUCGUAUGAAGACCCUGAAUAUUUUCGGAAAGUUACAGGCAUAUUCAGAAAAAUGACAUUUUUCUAUGGACAUACAAAGUGUUGCAACCUUUGGCUUCUUUAAUUAUAUGGUAUAUGUAAAUCUAUUUUAAGUACUGAGUGAUCUGAUUAUUGGAUUUUUUCUAGAGUGGUUUUUGGAUCUGCCAUUUAUAUUAAA